UCAGCUAAGCUGAUUGCAGUUUUGUAGUGGACACCAUGAAACUGCUUCCUCUUCUCUCCCUCCUUACUUUUCUGGCCAUUACGCAGAACAAAUCAGUGAGUGCUGAUAAGAAGCACAAUGAAAAGAAGAAACCCAAGUCUGGAUAUGUUUUAACAGAAAGUGGGCAACUGUGUCACUUCCCAUUUCAAUAUGGCAGGAUGUUACACAACUCCUGUAUCAAAAUAGGCAAACAUGGACCAAGAAAAUGGUGCUCUCUCACCAAGAAUUAUGACAGAGACCAGAGCUGGUCAUACUGUGUAGAGGGACAUGAAGUACAUGAUCACUGCGAGAAUGAUCCAUGUAAGCCCAGAGGAGUAUGUGAAAGCACAUUAAAGGGCUAUCAUUGUGUAUGCAAAGAGCCGUACACAGGGAAGCACUGCCAGACAGAUAAGUGUUUUGAUAAAAAAAGCCUUCAGUACUUUAAUCCUAAAGAUGAGUGGUUGCGUUAUUCACCUCCGGUCCUAGAGAAAUGUGGGUGCACGGAAAAGGGAGUUGUUUGCAAACAAACGCAUGGGAUGGCAUGUUCCAAGAAUCUGUGUCUUCAUGGAGGACGUUGCAUUCAGCACAACAAAAUGACUGCGUGUGGCUGCAGCCCAGGAUUCAUUGGAACCCACUGCGAAAUUCACCAAAAAGAGACAUGCUACACUGGAAACGGCAUUGGCUAUAGGGGAACAGGAAAUACAACUGUGUCAGGAGCACCAUGUUUGCACUGGGACUCUGAUAUCAUUGAGCAUGAAGUAUCCAUGUACGGUGGCCAUCGAGGAAAGGUUCAUGGCAUAGACUCUCACCCAUACUGCAGGAAUCCUGAUGGGGACACCCAGCCCUGGUGCUUUGUGAUGAAAGAGCAAAGACUGAGCUGGGAGCAUUGCCUCAUUCCACGUUGUACCCAGCUGGCAGGCACUACCGCACCACCUAAAGUCACAAAAACUCCAUCUCCAACAAAAAGCUCCAACCACUCAGCAAGCACCCCUUCACCCUCCAAUGAUACCCAGGGGCCAGUGGAUGGGCGCAUAGACCUACCUGUGGAUUGCGGAAGGAAGUUUCAGAAGACCCCAUCAAUCAUGCCAAGGAUUGUUGGUGGCCUAGUGGCUCUGCCGGCAUCCCACCCCUACAUUGCUGCACUGUACAUCGACAAUCAUUUUUGUGGUGGGUCUCUUAUCUCCCCAUGCUGGAUUGUAACUGCAGCUCACUGCUUAGACCAACGACCAAAUGUGACAAAGAUCUCAGUGGUGUUAGGACAAAGCCGGUUCAACACUACAGAUCAACACACAGUUACACUCUUGGUUGAGAAGUAUAUUUUGCAUGAAAAGUAUUAUGGGGACACCUUGCAACAUGAUAUUGCACUCGUGAAGGUGAAGUCUAUAAAUGGCCUCUGUGCCUCUGAGUUUUCUCAGUUUGUGCAGCCGAUAUGCCUUCCACAGCAGUUUAAGAUGGCAGAAAGCACGAAGCAGUGUGUAGUGGCUGGAUGGGGUCAUCAAUAUGAAGGAGCAGAGCACUAUGCAUUUUUCCUGCAGGAGGCAUCUAUGCCCAUCAUCCCUUACACCCAGUGCCAGUCUCCUAGUGUCCAUGGUGACAGAAUGCUGCCUGGGAUGCUCUGUGCUGGCUUUAUGGAGGGAGGAGUUGAUGCAUGCCAGGGGGACUCUGGGGGACCUCUAGUGUGUGAGGUGGAUGGACGCAUUGAGUUGCAUGGUGUCGUAAGCUGGGGAUCUGGAUGUGCCGAGGAGAACAAGCCUGGAGUAUAUACUGCUGUCACCAGCUACACAGACUGGAUCAGAGCCAACAUUAGCUGAGCUGCAGAAUAUCCCAACAUCCUUGCCUUAUAAAUUUGUCUGUGUGCCUAUCUCAGAAACACAGAGGCACAUCAUCUUAUUAACAUUUCUAUCAGUAUUUCAGUCCUUAGAAUUAAUUAUUGUCCCUUAAUGAAAUGCAUUCAAAUUCCCUCUAACAUCUCAUAGACUAGGCAAGCAAAAUGGCCUUCUGUAUGUACUUUAAACUACUAUAUGAGUACAAGACUGAGUCUGUGUUUAUCAUCUGUGUAUACAAAAUUUACUGUGUGCUCCAGUGUCAUAACAUGUGUAUGCAUACAUAACAGCACAGCUUAGAGGGAAUAUUGCUUGCAUCCAAUGCUGUACAUAAGAAAUUACAAAUUUAACCAAAUGUAUUUAAAAUACCCCAUAAACCAAUGGUAGUCAUGUAUCAAUUAAUACAUAGUUUCUCUUCGCUUCACUAUAUUAUGUAAUGUAAUACUCCUACUUAAAGUUAAUAAAAAACAACAACUGUGGUGUAA